UCGGCGCGUCCGCAGCGGCUGCGCGCAGGGCAGGGCGCGAGCAGACCUUGGAGACCCGGCCUCGGACCGCCCCCUCUGCGUCCGGCACGCCCGGCGCCGCCUUCGGUCCAUUUCCCCGGCUCGGCCUCGGCUAGGUCUGAUUCGCAGCUCGGGCAGCCCCUGAGGAUAGCGGCGAGCGCGAGGCGGUAACAAGUGGGCGAGGAUGCCGUACGAGAUCAAAAAGGUGUUCGCGAGCCUCCCGCAAGUGGAGAGGGGCGUCUCCAAAAUCAUCGGUGGCGACCCUAAAGGCAAUAAUUUUCUUUACACCAAUGGGAAGUGUGUUAUUCUAAGGAACAUCGAUGACCCGGCCGUCGCCGACAUCUACACGGAGCACGCCCAUCAGGUGGUGGUGGCCAAGUACGCGCCCAGCGGAUUCUACGUCGCCUCUGGAGAUGUGUCUGGGAAGCUGAGGAUCUGGGACACCACGCAGAAGGAGCACCUCUUGAAGUACGAGUAUCAGCCUUUCGCCGGGAAGAUCAAGGACAUUGCUUGGACGGAAGACAGUAAGAGGAUCGCAGUGGUCGGGGAAGGAAGGGAGAAGUUUGGAGCCGUCUUCCUGUGGGACAGUGGCUCUUCUGUGGGCGAGAUCACGGGACACAACAAAGUCAUCAACAGUGUGGACAUCAAGCAGAGCAGGCCAUACCGGCUGGCGACAGGCAGCGAUGAUAACUGCGCUGCAUUCUUUGAGGGGCCACCAUUCAAGUUCAAGUUUACAAUUGGCGACCACAGCCGCUUUGUCAACUGUGUGCGAUUCUCUCCCGACGGGAACAGAUUUGCUACGGCCAGCGCUGAUGGCCAGAUAUACAUCUACGACGGGAAGACGGGGGAGCAGGUGUGCGCACUGGGAGGCGGCAAGGCUCACGACGGAGGCAUUUACGCUAUUAGCUGGAGUCCUGAUAGCACCCAUUUGCUCUCUGCUUCUGGAGACAAAACCUCGAAAAUUUGGGACGUCAACGUGAACUCCGUCGUCACCACGUUUACUAUGGGCUCCAAUGUCCUGGACCAGCAGCUGGGCUGCUUGUGGCAGAAGGACCACCUCCUCAGCAUCUCCCUGUCUGGGUACAUCAACUACCUGGACAAAAACAACCCCAGCAAACCCUUGCGGGUCAUCAAGGGUCACAGCAAGUCAAUCCAGUGCCUGACAGUGCAUAGAAACGGCGGCAAGUCCUACAUCUACUCUGGGAGCCACGACGGACACAUUAAUAUCUGGGACUCCGAGACCGGGGAGAACGACUCCUUCACGGGGAAGGGCCACACGAACCAGGUGUCCAGGAUGACUGUGGACGAGUCCGGGCAGCUGGUCAGCUGCAGCAUGGACGACACUGUGCGCUACACCAACCUCGCGCUGCGGGACUACAGCGGACAGGGGGUCGUGAAGCUGGACGUGCAGCCGAAGUGCGUGGCUGUCGGCCCUGGAGGAUACGCGGUGGUUGUGUGCAUCGGGCAGAUCGUCCUGCUGAAGAAUCAGAAGAAGUGCUCCAGCAUCGACAACCUCAGCUACGAGCCCGAGGUGGUGGCGGUGCACCCCGGCGGGGACAUGGUGGCUGUCGGGGGCGCGGACGGGAACGUCCGCCUGUACUCCAUCCUGGGCACCACGCUGAAGGACGAGGGCAAGCUCCUGGAGGCCAAGGGCCCCGUGACUGAUGUGGCGUAUUCCCAUGAUGGCGCCUUCCUCGCCGUGUGCGACGCCAGCAAGGUGGUCACGGUCUUCAGCGUUGCUGAUGGCUACUCGGAGACCAACGUGUUUUACGGGCACCACGCCAAGAUCGUCUGCCUGGCCUGGUCCCCAGACAACGAGCACUUCGCCUCCGGUGGCAUGGACAUGAUGGUGUACGUCUGGACCCUGAGUGACCCCGAGACCAGGGUCAAGAUCCAAGAUGCACACCGGCUCCACCACGUCAGCAGCCUGGCCUGGCUGGACGAGCACACGCUGGUCACCACCUCGCACGACGCCUCUGUCAAAGAGUGGACAAUCUCCUACUGAGGACCCGCCGUCAGACGGACCGAAUCAGGGACUAGUUUUCACCGCAGCAGAACACAGCGUUCCUCUAAAUGUUUCUGUAACGCCCCCGCCCCCUGCCCCACUCGAGGGGGGGCCCUAACUCCCGACAGCCCCCGUCUCUGCAGGGUGUUCGUAUCUAUCCACGUCCUUCUGAAAGCUUUAGACAGUGACAGUUUGCACAUGAAAAAUAAAGUGAGCACUUAAACAGUG